UGGCGCCAGGGCCGCUGAUCCUCUGCAUUUGCCAGCCUGGAGGCUCCUGGCCGCUGCUGCGAUCUCCCUCAGUAGAGCAGAGGAUGCCGAUGAGGCACCCGGCGGCGGGCCACUGGAGAUCGAGGGGAGACGGGAGCUUUGCAGGCUGAAGCCUUGACCGCAGGUGGCGGAGCCGCGGCCUGAGGUGGACUCUGAGGCCGCCAGAGCUGGGUGCUGUGCAGGAACCGUUGGCCACGGGAGUGAAGGAGCACUUUAGGAGGUUUCAGCAGGCCUGGCGCCCAAGCUUCCCCAGUGUGGAUUGAGGGGUUAGGGACUGGGCGUGAUGAGGAGCAGGAGUAACUCGGGAGUCCGCCUGGACGGCUACGCUAGGCUGGUGCAUCAGACCAUCUUGUGCCAUCAGAAUCCAGUGACAGGCUUGCUUCCGGCGAGCUAUGAUCAGAAAGAUGCCUGGGUCCGAGAUAAUGUGUACAGCAUCCUGGCUGUGUGGGGUUUGGGCAUGGCAUAUCGGAAGAAUGCGGACCGUGAUGAGGACAAGGCAAAGGCCUAUGAACUGGAGCAGAGUGUAGUGAAGUUAAUGAGGGGACUGCUGCACUGCAUGAUGAGACAGGUGGAUAAAGUAGAGUCCUUCAAGUAUAGUCAGAGUACUAAAGAUAGCCUGCAUGCCAAGUACAACACCAAAACUUGUGCCACCAUAGUGCGUGAUGACGAGUGGGGACACCUGCAGCUGGAUGCUACUUCUGUGUACCUGCUCUUCCUAGCACAAAUGACUGCCUCAGGACUCCAUAUCAUCCACAGCCUAGAUGAAGUCAAUUUUAUACAGAACCUUGUGUUUUACAUUGAAGCUGCAUAUAAAACGGCUGAUCCCAAUCGCCCGUACUAUGAACCAGCUGAGCUGAAGCUAUUUGAAAACAUUGAAUGUGAAUGGCCAUUGUUCUGGACAUACUUUAUCCUUGAUGGGAUCUUCAGUGGCAACACAGAACAGGUUCAAGAAUAUAGAGAGGCUCUUGAAGCAGUCCUCAUCAAGGGCAAAAAUGGAUUACCACUUCUUCCAGAGCUGUACAGUGUCCCUCCUGACAAGGUUGAUGAAGAGUAUCAAAAUCCUCACACUGUGGAUCGAGUUCCUAUGGGAAAAUUGCCUCACAUGUGGGGUCAGUCUCUAUACAUUUUAGGAAAUUUGAUGGCAGAGUCUCCAUUCUAGCUGAAACAGAAGAAAUCAAGGCUAUUUUGAAGGAAAAGGGAAUUGAUGUAGAGACCAUUGCUGAGGUGUACCCCAUCAGAGUACAGCCAGCUCGUAUUCUCAGCCACAUUUAUUCCAGUCUUGGAUGCAAUAAUAGAAUGAAACUCAGUGGACGACCCUACAGGCUCAUGGGUGUGCUUGGAACAUCAAAACUCUAUGACAUUCGCAAAACUGUCUUUACUUUCACUCCGCAGUUUGUAGACCAGCAAUGGUUUUACUUGGCUCUGGACAACCAGAUGAUAGUAGAAAUACUCAGAACUUAUCUCUCCUACCUCUGUAGCCGCUGGAGGAUGACAGGCCAGCCCACCAUCACUUUCCCCAUCUCACACAGCAUGCUUGAUGAAGGUGGAACCAGCUUGGAUUCAAGUGUCCUGGCCGCACUGCGAAAAAUGCAGGAUGGCUAUUUUGGUGGGGCAAGGAUCCAAACAGGUAAAUUGUCGGAGUUUUUGACAACAUCUUGCUGCACACACCUAAGCUUCAUGGACCCUGGACCUGAGGGUAAGCUGUACAGUGAAGAUUAUGAUGAAGACUAUGAUGAUGAGCUGGAAUCUGACAACUGGAUGAAUAGCUAUGAUGCAACAAGUAAUGCUCUCUGUGGUGAUGAAGUUGCUUGUUAUUUAGGCCACCUUUUGGCACGCACUGUUCCCCAUGCUAAACUCUCUACUACCUCCCAGAAGGGAGGGCUAGAUCGGUUCUGAGCUGCUGUGCAAACAACUUGCGACUUAAUGUCCUUGGUGACCAAGGCCAAGGAGCUGCAUGUACAGAAUGUACACAUGUAUCUCCCUACGAAGUUAUUUCAGCUUUCUCGGCCUUCGCUCAGCUUGCUUGGCUCACCUCAAUCUCCACAAGAUAACCAGGUUCCUUCUGUUCGUGUAGAAAUACAUCUUCCUAGAGACCAGUCUGGGGAAGUGGACUUCCAGUCACUGGUUUCCAAGUUGAAGGAGACCUCAAGCUUACAGGAACAAGCUGAUAUACUCUGCGUGCUCUAUACAAUGAAAGGACCUGACUGGAACACCGAAAUGUAUGAAGAAGGGGGUGCUACUACUGUCAGAGAGCUUCUUAGUGAACUAUAUGGCAAAGUUGGUGAAAUUCGGCACUGGGGUCUGAUCCGAUACAUCUCUGGGAUCUUACGGAAGAAGGUGGAGGCACUUGAUGAGGCCUGCACAGACCUUCUGUCCUACCAGAAACACUUGACAGUAGGACUUCCUCCAGAACCUCGAGAGAAGACCAUCUCUGCACCUCUACCGUAUGAGGCACUCACCAAGCUCAUAGAUGAAGCCAGCGAGGGAGACAUGAAUAUCUCAAUCCUUACACAGGAAAUAAUGGUCUACCUUGCCAUGUAUAUGAGGACUCAGCCUGGCCUCUUUGCUGAAAUGUUCCGACUUCGAAUUGGACUGAUAAUACAAGUUAUGGCAACAGAACUGGCCCACUCUCUUCGAUGCUCAGCUGAAGAAGCCACAGAGGACCUGAUGAAUCUCAGUCCUUCAGCCAUGAAGAACCUCCUGCAUCACAUUCUCAGUGGCAAAGAGUUUGGAGUGGAACGAAGUGUUCGUCCCACUAAUUCAAAUGUGAGUCCUGCUAUUUCCAUCCAUGAGAUUGGUGCUGUUGGAGCAACAAAAACAGAACGAACUGGAAUAAUGCAGUUAAAAAGUGAGAUAAAGCAGGUGGAGUUUCGUAGACUAUCCAUCUCAACUGAGAGUCAGAUGGAAUUUCGCAGACUGUCUAUCUCAGCUGAGAGUCAGAGUAAUGGUGGUCAUCCCUCAGGUAUAGAUUUGAUGUCACCGUCCUUUCUGUCCCCUGCAGCCUGUAUUGCUGCAAGUACUGGAUCCUUUCCGACCGUGUGUGGUCAACAGACAUCUAAAGAUAGCCGUCAAGGUCAGUGGCAACGCCGGAGAAGACUGGAUGGAGCACUAAAUAGAGUUCCAAUCGGAUUUUAUCAAAAAGUAUGGAAAAUUUUGCAAAAAUGUCACGGGCUUUCUGUGGAAGGUUUUGUUCUUCCUUCUUCAACUACUAGGGAGAUGACUCCAGGCGAGAUUAAAUUUUCAGUUCAUGUGGAGUCUGUCUUGAACCGUGUACCUCAGCCAGAGUACCGCCAGCUUCUGGUUGAAGCCAUUCUCGUUCUCACCAUGCUGGCAGAUAUUGAAAUUCAUAGUAUUGGAAGCAUCAUUGCUGUGGAAAAAAUAGUCCAUAUUGCCAAUGACUUGUUCCUUCAAGAACAGAAAACCCUCGGCGCAGAUGAUACCAUGUUGGCAAAGGAUCCUGCAUCUGGCAUCUGUACUCUUCUGUAUGACAGUGCACCCAGUGGCAGAUUUGGCACCAUGACCUACCUUUCCAAGGCAGCUGCCACCUAUGUGCAGGAGCUUCUGCCACACAGCCUCUGUACCAUGCAGUGAUGGACGUGGGUUGUGGCUGCUGGAAUCCUUUCAAUAUUUGGUCCAUCUUGGUUGAUUGUGCAUGGAACUGAAAUGUUAAUACCUGAUCACACCCCCCCAUGCCCAUUUCCUGCCCCAUCCCUCCCAGGAAGAGAGAACUUUGGUGAGAAUCUCGUUACUUUGUAAGAACCCUUACCUGGAGACCUAGCUCUAGUGUGAAGGUUCAGCCAGGCCUACAAUCACUGUCUCUCUUCUUUUAUGAUUCAUAAAAGUCUGAAUGUGUUUUUACUCAGUAGAGCUGCUACCAACUUAAUUUUCUAACUCCUGUAGGGGAGCACGUUUUAGUAACUUAGUCCUGAAGCUUUGUUUUCUUAUUUGAGAUUAGUUAGUUUGUUUGUUUGCUUGGUUUUGUGUGUGUGUGUGUGUGUGUGUGUGUGUGUGUGUAUGAGUGGCGGGUAUUAAUUGGGCCCAUUAUAUUAAGAAAAUAGAUGCUAAGUUGGAGUUUAUGCUACUGUAAAUUGGAAAUGUCUACUCUAAGUGCCUUUAUUUAGGAAAAGCUGGUACCAGAUUGUGGCUUUCAUCUUUGCUCAAAAGUUGCUUUGCUCUGAGUGAUGAAAUGGUUUCUUUGUAGAAAUACUGUCCUUUCUGUACCUGCCCACAAUGCCUACCCUCCCUGUGGUGAAAUAUUAAAAACUUUAAGCUCA